AUGAAAUUCCCGACGGAGAACCCGAGAAAACCCGGGAACGCCAACCCUCCACCAGUGGCGGUCCAGACCAACCUGCUCCCCCCCAAGAAGGUGCAGGCCGGCAUGCUCCAGUCCAGCCUGGUGCAGGCCAGCGUGGCCACCAUGCAGAACCCCAUGGGCUGCAGCCUGCAGCGGCUCUCCGUCUCCGUCCCUCGCCCCGCCAGCAUGGUGGCCAGCAUAGAGGGCGCGGCCGACGGUUCCGCCCCCUUCACCGUGAUGAAGUGGAAGACGGUGCUGGCCGUAUUCGUGGUGGUCGUGGCCUACCUGGUGGCCGGCGGCCUGGUGUUCCAGGCGCUGGAACAGCCCUUCGAGAGCAACCAGAAGAUCACCAUCACGGCGGAGAAAGCUGCCUUCCUGCAGAGGCACCCCUGCGUGUCGCCGGCCGAGCUGGAGGCGCUCAUCAAGCAUUCUGUGGAUGCAGUAAAUGCCGGGGUGAGUCCUAUUGGGGAUACCUCUUACAACUCCAGCCACUGGGAUCUGGGCAGUGCCUUCUUCUUUGCUGGGACCGUCAUCACAACGAUAGGCUACGGUAACAUCGCCCCGAGCACCGAGGGAGGGAAGAUAUUCUGUAUUCUUUAUGCAAUAUUCGGCAUUCCACUCUUCGGAUUCCUCUUGGCCGGUGUCGGGGACCAGCUGGGGACCAUAUUUGUUAAAAGCAUCGCCAAGGUGGAGAAGAUGUUCAGGCGUAAACACAACCAGAUCAGUCAGACCAAAAUCCGUGUGGCGUCCACCCUGCUCUUCAUCCUUGCCGGUUGCAUCCUCUUUGUCACCAUCCCAGCUGUCAUCUUUAAACAUAUUGAAGGCUGGACGGCACUGGAGGCCAUUUACUUUGUAGUCAUCACUCUGACUACUGUUGGAAUAGGUGACUACGUGGCAGGGGGAGACAGGAGGAUCGAGUACCGUAAAUGGUACCGGCCGCUAGUGUGGUUCUGGAUCCUGGUGGGUCUGGCCUACUUUGCUGCAGUGCUGAGCAUGAUCGGGGACUGGCUGAGGGUCCUGUCCAAGAAGACUAAAGAAGAGGUUGGGGAGAUAAAGGCUCACGCCGCAGAGUGGAAAGCCAAUGUGCGUGCAGAGUUCCGGGAGACACGGCGGCGCAUGAGCGUGGAGGUCCACGAUAAGCUCCAGCGGGCUGCCACCAUCCGCAGCAUGGAGCGCCGGCAGCUGGGCCUGGACCAGCGCGCCGUGUCCCUGGACAUGCUCUCCCCAGAGCGCCGGGCUGUCUUCAACACCCUCGAUGCCAACCGCUACAAGACGCCCUCCCAGGAGAGCAUCGACACCAAGCUGAACAACCUGCGCCUGAGGGGGUUGGAGCAGGGCGACCGGAGAUCCAGCCACCAGACCACGUCCGAGGACAACAUCUUCAACCGCCUGGGCUCCGUCACCAAGCUCACCAAGCGCAACCGAAACCGCGACCUGAAGAAGAACAUCCACGAUGAGGUGCGCCGGCCCCACAGCGAGGCCUACGGCUACACCUCGCCCAGCUUCGGCUGCAGUACGCCCCCCGCGGAUGAGGCGAAGCGGAAAGACGAAGGGGGGGAGGAGGAGAACGAAGACAAGGAGUGCAACACCAGCCUGUCCGACUUCCCGCUGUUUGUUGAGGUGUGCAAGCCCCAGAACGGGUUCAUCCCAGUGCAGACCAAAGAGAAUGAGUGUGAGGAGAAACUUGAAGAAAAAGAGCUGCAUAUUCAGAUGGGUCCAUAG